CUGUCUACGACUAUGAAGUGACGGACGUCGGGGUCGGGAUUUUCGUUUUUCGAGUAAAAAACAUUAGGUACACUUUUACGCAUACCUAGUACCUACAGGUAAUAAUGACGAGGGAAAUACAUUUAUAACGUUAAGUACUUUUUAAUCAUAUCGUUUCGUCAUUGCUCUUUUUGUCGGCCCCGUCGUCUGAACGCCGGUCGGGUGUGAAGUGCAAGUCGUGUCCGUCGCUGUGUCGACGGUUUCGUAUUUUUAUUUUAUUUUUCGCUCGAGAACUACAGAAUAAUGUGCCCGGCAUGCCGCUCGUGUACGUAGUGCAAGCGUGUGCGCGCCCGCUGCUCCGAAUUAUCCGACCGAUCUAAUCGUCACCGCCGCACGUGCACCACAUAGAGUGAGGCGAUGUUGCGACGUUGUUGAGCUCACUUCAUCGUCCAACACCGCGAGAUUUUACGACGGAAUUUUGCCAGAAGAAAUUGUUCCUUGUGGUCGUCUAACUGCUACGCUCCUCAAUCAGAUAAAAAUGGAUUCUGAAUCAAAUGAAGUUGAGUUGAAAAGUGUCGUUUCAGAUACGAAACGCACUAGGUUUCAAGUAAAAUUGGUGGAUUCUGAAACAACCCCUCAAAGGAUGCGAUUGGACAGUGCUUCAUCGGAUGAUAACAAAUAUAAAAGUUUUCGGCAACUGACUCGUGAAGCAUUACCAAGAUUAGAUAACUACAGAAAUAUUAUGUCAGUACACGUUGCGUGCAGACCUACUUUGGAUGAACUACAUAAUUGUGAUUUGGCUGAAAAAAAUAUGGAAGCUCAAGAAAAUGAACCUAGUAGACCAACAAAGAAGAAACAUGAACAAGGGUGGAUUAAAGGAGUUCUUAUCCGUAACCUGGUACAAAUAUGGGGUCUCAUGUUAUUUUUAAGAGUAGCAUGGGUUGUUUGUACUACUGGUUUAUUUUCAGGAAUUGUUAUAAUAUUGUUUGGUGGUGCUAUUACAACUAUAACAGCCUUAUCUAUGUCAGCAAUUAGUACAAACGGUGUAUUGAAAGAAGGUGGUACUUACUUUAUGAUAUCUCGUUCUCUUGGUCCAGAAUUUGGUGCUUGCAUUGGUGUAAUCUAUUCUAUAGCAUUGUCUGCUGCAUGUGCAAUGCAUACGGUAGGAUUUUGUGAAAUGGUGCAGAUUCUAAUGAACUCGUUUAAUUUAUCUAUAUUGGACGGUGAAGUACAAGAUAUGAGACUUCUUGGAAUCUGUUUAACAGCUGCAUUGCUAUGUGCAACAUUAGGUGGCAUUCGGUCACGAAUUCAGGUACAUGCAGCCGUUUUAGUACUUAUGAUUGUAGCCAUUUUAGAUGUAUUUGUAGGAGCUAUUUAUGGACCAAAGAGUAAAACCGAAAGAAAUGAAGGUUUCAUUGGUUUUAGCUGGGAUGCAAUUAAUAAUAAUAUAUUUAAGAAUGAAACUUUUGAAGAUUGGUGUAAAAGUUUUUGGUAUGGUUUUAGUAUAUUUUUUCCUGCAGUAUCUGGAUUUUUAGCGGGAACAAAUAAAUCAGGCGAAUUAAAGGAUUCAUUAAGAGCAAUACCAAGAGGGUCUUUAACAUCUAUUUUUAUUUCCUCUUCCGUCUAUAUUAGUAUAGCAAUUUUGGUUGGUUCUACAUUUAUAGACCAAGAUCCACAUUAUAAGUCUAAUUUUGAUGAUUAUAAACACUAUGCAGUCAAUCGGACUAUUGGACUUAUAGCAUUUUUUAGCCCAUUAGUAUACGCAUGUAUCUUGGCCUCAACAUUAACAGCCUCAUUUUCUUCAUUUUUAGCCGCUCCAAAAGUAUUUCAAAUGUUAUGCAAUGAUAGACUUUACAAUAAUCUUACAUGGUUUGGAUUUAGUAAUAAAUCAGGAGAGCCAAUAAGAGCUGAUAUUUUGACUACAAUAAUUGUUUUGCUGUUUAUCCUUCCUGGUGACUUGAAUGCAAUAUUACCAUCAAUAUCAAAUAUAUUUCUCAGUGUUUAUGCAUUGAUCAAUUUCAGUACAUUUCAUGCAUCAUUAGUUAAACCAAUUGGAUGGCGUCCUACUUUUAAGUUGUAUAAUAUGUGGUUAAGUUUAGGAGGUUCAAUGUUAUGUGUAGUAUUGAUGUUUGUCAUUAGCUGGGGAACAGCACUGGUGACGUUAGCAGCUAUAUUAGCCUUGUACUUAAUAGUAUCAUAUCAAAAACCAGAUGUCAAUUGGGGUACAAGUACUCAAGCUCAAACUUACAAGCAAGCCCUAAUGGCUGUUCACAAUCUUAUCAGGGUGGAAGAUCAUGUCAAAAACUUUAGACCUCAACUACUUGUACUUACUGGAAUGGCAUCUGCUAGACCAUCCUUAAUUGAUUUUGCACAUCUCAUUACAAAAAAUUUGUCAUUACUUGUAUGCGGAAAUAUUAUCAAAGCUCCAUCCUCACAAAAGUUACUUGAAGUUUAUUCAAAACGUGCCAUAAAUUGGUUAUGUUACCACAAAAUUAAAGGAUUUUAUGUACAAAUAGAUGGUACUAAUUUUGAUGAUGGUGCAAAAAGUUUAAUGCAAACAGUUGGAUUAGGCAAAUUGAAACCAAAUAUUGUUAUGUUAGGUUAUAAGAGCAAUUGGUUCAAGUGUAGUUCUCAAGAUUUAAAUAUGUACUUCAAUGUGUUACAUAAAGCUUUAGAUAUUCAUAUGGCUGUAUGUAUAUUGCGUGUAAAAUCUGGUCUAAAUUUUUCAAAUUCAAUUCUCAUUGAUGAAAUGCAGCUUGAUAUGAUGGUAAACCGUAAAGCGUCAUAUCUAUCAGAAGAACCAUUUUUACAUAGUAGAUCACAGUCAAUGUCUACUGUUACUGAUAAAAAUGACAGUGAUGAAGAAAAUGAAUUAUUAAACAAAGAAACAUCUACCUCAUUUAAUAAACAGUCUACUGAUGAUAAAGUUGAUCAACCAAAAUUAAAUAAAAAUCAAAAAGUCAAUAUUGUCAAAGGAACUGAUGGUUAUGAUUUACCCAAAGACACUAUGAAUGAGAUCACCCGGUUUCAACGUAAACAAAAGAAAGGUUCAAUUGAUGUUUGGUGGUUAUACGAUGAUGGAGGCCUUACAUUACUUUUACCAUAUAUCUUAAGCACAAGAGGUAAUUGGUCAUCUUGUAAAUUGAGAGUAUUUACAAUUGCUAAUAAAAAAGAUCAAUUGGAAUUUGAACAAAGAAGUAUUGCUAGUUUGUUAGCCAAAUUUCGUAUUGAUUAUUCAGACUUGUUAGUAAUAACAGAUCUUAUGAGGAAACCACAUGAAGAAACAUUAGCUUUUUAUGAUGCAUUGAUUAAAAGUUAUAAACCUAAAGGACCAAACAGUGAAAAUGAUGGUAUAAAAGAGUCAGAGUUAACAGCAAUGAAAGAAAAAACAAACCGCCAUCUUCGGUUAAGAGAGCUACUUUUAGAAAAUUCACAGGAAGCCAAUUUAAUUGUAAUGACUUUACCAAUGCCCAGAAAAAAUGUAGUACCAGCAUCUUUGUAUAUGUCCUGGUUAGAGACAUUAACACAAGGUAUGCCUCCAUUUCUUUUAGUGCGGGGCAACCAAAACUCUGUACUUACAUUUUAUUCCUAAGCAUCUUACGCUCAAGUACUGUUCCUCUUUUAAAUACCGGUAAAGUGAUGUUAAAUAAUAAUAUUUAAGUAAAUUGAAAAACAACAAUUUAAUAUGACUUAUUGCCACUAUCACGUUUUAUUAUAUUUUUAUCAGAAAAUAAGUUUUUUUUUUUUACUAAUUUCUUAUAUUUUUAAAUCUAUAAGGUCUUCUUUGUAUACAAUUUUUAUAUUUCAUUAAUUUAUUUUGUGUUAUAUAAUUUUAUAAAAUUGUAAUUAAUUAAAUCAAAAACACAGGUACUUGCUAUAAAUUAAACACAUUUUGCACAAUUAAUUUUUAUUUUUUUAAGAAUCUCAUUGAAAUGUUAUACAUAUAUACAUACAUAUGUAUAUACAUAAUAUAUAUAUGUAUGUAUGUAUGUAUGCAUAAAAAUUUUAAUUUAUUAUACUUAAUAUACUUGACGUACUUGAAUCAUUUUAAGUAAUUGAUGCAUAGUAUUCAUUUUUGGUUUUCUGAUAUAUAAUUUAUAUUUUUGUAAUUUAAUAACACUGAUUUUAGUCAACAUAUCAAUUAUUUAAUUUUAAUUUUAAAUGAAACAUCUGUCUAUUGAAAUUUAAAUUUAUCUUUGGUUUUGAUAAUUUCUCCUAAAUUAUGUUUUUCUGUGGAAAUUUGUUCUAUAAACAAUUAAAAAAAUGAUAACUUUUUUAUAAUCAGAUCUGAAUUUAUAAUUUUUGUGUGUUAAGAUCUUAUAUUUUUAUAAAUUAAUUAUAGUUGAUAUUUACUGACAUAAAAAUCAUUAUUUAAGAAUUGAAAUAUCCAGGACCAAAUAUAUUUACUAUGCAUUUUUUUUGUUAUUAUUACUUUAUUAUUAUUUUUCUUAAAGACAUAAAUAUACAACAUAACAAAACGUGUUUAAUUUUUAUCUGUAUAUGCAUUAUAUUUAAACAUUUAUAAAAUUUGCUCGCCAUAAAAUCUCUGAUGAACUACUGUAAAUAAAGUUUAAUAUUAAAACUAAUCAACGUCUAAUAUAAUGAUUAAUUGGCCAUAAUUUUGUAUUAUUAUUUAUUUUUUGAACAUUUCCAAGGCCACAGUAAUGUGGUUAUACCUUUAUUAUUUGAAUGAAAAAAUAUUUUACUGUCAGUUAUUACUGUAUUACUGAGUUUUAAAAUUGUUUAGACAUUGGAUGUAUUCUAGUCAUACUAUGGAAACAAAAUUUUACCUACUUUGUCAACUUACUAGCAUUACACAUUUUAUGAAUCUGUAUAAAAUUUACAGUGUAGUUUAAAACAUAUUAUAAUAUGUAUAAUAAAACUUAUUAAUAUUAUUAGAA